CUAAUCUCUUCUGAGAGUCGUCUUCUUUUUAACGUUGAAAAGAAAGCUCCGGAGGGUGAGAAACGCGGAAUCCAAAUCUCUCGAUUCAAGCUACCGUCGGAACACCCAAUUUCUCAUCGGGAUCAGCGAUGCAGAACGGAGAUUACGGUACACCUCCAUAUUUUCAAUACCCAAAUCUUCAAAACCUUAGCCUUAAUCCAAGCCCUAAUCCAGUUUCCCCUCCCCCGGAUCGUAACCAGAGCGCUUACGCCUCGGCGCCGCCCUUCUCCACCAAUUACGGCGGUUCCGAUUACCCUGGUUAUGCCCCCAAUUAUCCCCCCUACUCCCAGAAUCCCGAUCCCGUCCCUGCCUCUCCGACUGCGCCUCUUUACAACCCUCAGUCAUCGAAUCCUAAUCUCCAGACAUUCAAUCCCACUUCGCAACCACCUGCUUUCCCUCCAUUUGAGUCUCAUGUGCCUUAUCAAUCUCCUUCUCAGCCGCAAUCGUAUAAUUCAACGUACGAUCACCAUCAAACGGCUCCCAAUUAUGCUCCCCCUCCACCGUCCUCAAUUCCCUCGAAUCAGGGCUCUAAUUCUACCCCCAGUCCUAAUUCUCAUUUCUCAUCCGUUUAUUCGGCUCCUUUUGGCUCUUUGGCCCAGCCUUCGUAUGAAAACCCAUAUGAAAGUUCGGUGAAAUUUGAUCAGGGUGGCGGAUACGCUGAUGAUAGAUAUGGAGGUUAUGGUCGAAGUCGGUCUGAUUUGGGUCCGGACUUGUACGGUAAGCGGCCGGAGGAUGCGGCAUCGCGCUUCGACUCUGGCUACGAUGACGGUUUUGGCGAAGGCGUAUAUGCUUACCAAGGUGGCAAAGUUGAGCCUUACGGGGCUCGCGGUACAGCUCCUAAGUCUUCGACGUGGUCAACAGGGCCUGCUUUUGAUGAUUAUGGGAGGCCGAUAAAUAUUCCUUCGAAGAAAGACCCACCGACGAGUUCACUGAAAGUAGUUAGGGCGAUCCCUAAGGUGGAAGCUCAAGAAGACGUCAAAAAUUGGGUGCAGAAGUUCCGAGUGAAGCUCUUGGCUGAAAGUGGAGGUCAGAGCACCAUGGAUGUACUUUGUCAGGUUGGUCUGGAUGGUAUUCGUAUGCUUGAUCCAAAUUCUAGUCGUACAUUAAGGAUAUAUCCUCUUGAGACCAUCACUAGAUGUGAAAUAUAUGAUUCAUCUACCUUGGCUUUCUGGUCGAAGAGCUCUGUGGAUAUUGAGCCACGGCGUAUUAGAUUGCAGUCAAACAAGUACACUACCAACACACUUCUGGACACGGUGACUGCUGCAACUGUACAGUUUAAGGAAAUGGGUGGAAGAAGUAGGCCUUCUGAAUCUUUUAAGGCACCUGAACAGCCUGCAGAGAAGAAGAAAGGGUUGGUUGAUUGGGUGACUCUGAUGAAGCCAGGCAACGAGGAGAAAGACCAUUGGGUACCUGAUGAAGCAGUCACAAAAUGUACAGCCUGUGGAACAGACUUUGGGGCUUUUGUACGAAGGCAUCACUGCAGAAAUUGUGGAGACAUUUUCUGCGAUAAAUGCACGCAAGGUAGAACAGCUCUGACGGCUGAAGAGAAUGCUCCUCCAGUUCGUGUCUGUGACAGAUGCAUGGCAGAAGUGACUCAUAGGCUCACUAAUGCCAAGGAGCUGGCUAGUAAGCCUGCAGGAUUGCAUAGUCAUGAGGAUCUUGCCAAAAAACUUAAGGAUGAAAUGGAGAGAAACCGUUGGUCAUCAGGGAAUGCCACAGCAUCCAAAUCUGACGGAUCUGGGAAACGGAUGAAGGAAGUUGCAUGUCCUACUUGUACUGUUCAUUUACAGGUCCAGGUUCCAAGCUCGGGUUCUGAGACGAUCGAGUGUGGGGUUUGCCAGCAUCCGUUCCUUGUGAGCGCUCACUGACUCCAGCGUUUUUUUUUUUAGGAAUGUGGCUUCAUGGAAUGACUUGUUGUUCAUCAUGAUAUUUUCUCUGUUUACAUCUCCAAAUAAUUGAGUUUUUUUUUUUUUUUUUUUUUUUCACUUUAACAUGUUCAUCGCUCUCUCUCUCUCUCUCUCUCUCAAGGCCUUGAGCUUUAAUAACUUGAUGUCAGUUGUGAUUCCGUAUUGAUUGUUUUGUAAAUGGAGUUGUUUGUUCUAUUUGAUGUACAAAGAAAUUAUGGUUUGCGAAGAUGAUAUGAAAUCCCACUGUCCCGUUUCA